AUGGAUCCUUUCCCUUUAGAACCUUAUCGCUCCGCACGUCUCCUCUACCGUGCCCCAGAGGAUAACGCCGAGGACGAUGCAUUUUUCAUGGCUCUCUACAACGACCCGUCAGUCGGGUCUAUGGCAUCGCACGCUCUCCAUCGUCCCAUGAGCAUCCAGGAACGGAAAGAUCUAAGAAAAACGAUUGAAAACAUGAUGUUCAUGUCUGUUAUGAUAUGCAUCAUCCCAGACGACAAGGACAAGGAACCCGAGACGAUUGGGGUGAUCUCGCUGAAAUCUCAGCCGCCCGUAUUCGUUCAUAACCGAACACAUGAGUUCGGGAUUACUAUAGCGAAGCAGUACCAGGGGAAGGGGUACGGGCCAGAGGCUAUCUCGUGGUUGCUUGAUUGGUCUUUUUUGACGGCAGGGUUACAUCGUGUGGAACUGACGGUGUUUGAAUGGAAUGAGAGGGCAAGGAAGGUAUAUGAGAAGAUUGGUUUUGUACCUGAGGGUCGGCGGAGGCAGUGUUUGUGGAAAGCGGGGAGAUGGUGGGAUUGCAUUCACAUGGGGAUUUUAUCGGACGAGUGGGAAGCGAAGAAGAAGUCUACCAGCUCUUAG